AUGAAUAGUGAAAGUAUAUAUUAUUUAUUUCUUCUUGUAAUGGUGAUACUUGGAUUUAUUGUAUUUGUUCUACUUCAUUAUGUUACUGCUGGAUAUGGAAUGUUUCAAACUGAUAAAUGGGGAGUGACAAUAAACAACAGAAUUGGAUGGUGUAUUAUGGAAAUUGUAUCAAUGAUAGGUAUGCUUAUCUUUUAUGUCUAUUCUUCUGUAGAUGAAAUAGUCCCAAUAAUUUCAUUAAUUCUUUUUGUAAUUCAUUAUUUUAGAAGAAGUAUUAUUUUCCCAUUAAGAAUGUCAAAAGGAGGGAAAAUGCCUAUUAUUAUAAUGUUAAUGGGAAUGGUAUUUAAUUUGUGUAAUUGUUAUGUACAAGCAGGAUGGUUAUUUUUGUAUCAUCCACCACAUUAUUAUUUAGGAUGGUUUAAUACUCCACAAUGUUAUUUUGGAGUGUUAGUCUUUUUUGUUGGAAUGGCAAUUAAUGUUCAUUCUGAUGAAAUAAUAAGAAAUCUUCGUAAAGAAGGAGAAACAGAGCAUAAAUUACCUCAGGGUGGGUUAUUUGAUUAUGUUACAUCUGCUCAAUAUUUUGGAGAAUUAGUUGAAUGGUUAGGUUUUUCUAUAUUUACAUUAUCUCCAGGUGCUAUUGUAUUUUUUCUCUGGACAUUUGCUAAUCUUAUGCCAAGAGCAAGAAGUGUUCAUUUGGCUUACAGAAGAAAGUUCAAAAACCAAGUUGGGGAUAGAAAAAUUUUAAUUCCAUUUAUUUAUUAA